AUGUCAGAAGAACAGGAAAAAACUCAAACAAAGCCAAGAUCAGAAGAAACUGAAGAGGAAAGAGCAGAAAGAUUAGCUAAACAAGAAGAAGUAGAUUCAAGAUCAAUUUAUGUUGGUAAUGUAGAUUAUCAAUCUACUCCAGAACAAUUAGAAGAAUUUUUUCAUGUUGUUGGGAUAAUUGAAAGAGUCACCAUCUUAUUUGAUAGAUUCUCAGGAUUACCAAAAGGUUAUGCAUACGUUGAAUUUGAAAAACCAGAGAGCGUAUCAAAAGCUGUUGAAGAAUUACAUGGUAAAACUUUUAGAGGUAGAGAUGUUAGAGUUACUGAAAAAAGAACAAAUUUACCUGGGUUUAGGAAAAGAGGAAAUGAUUUUAGAGGUAGAGGUAGGGGAUUUAGAGGAAGAGGAAGAGGUGGGUACAGAGGUAGAGGUGGAUACAGAGGUGGAAGAGGUGGUUACAAUAAAUCUAAUAAUGAAAAUGGUAACUCCGCAGCCACUACAGAAGCUGCUGCAGAAUAA